AUGGGCAAGAAGUCGAUGAUUUAUGCGAAGCCUGGCCCUUCGUCGCCGGUGAAGACCGUUCCCAAUACCAUCCAGUCACCUUCUGCUACACCCGUCCCACCACCGACGACACCUCCUACGCCUGCUACUCCCGACAGCCCCGAGCUUAGUCGCCCAGCUCCGAAACGGCUGAGGAGGAAGAUCGUCGAGAGCGACUCUGAACCCGACUACAGGGAUAGUGACGAUGAUGAGACUGACUUCGAAGAAUAUAAUGCCAAUCAGGAAGCCGCGUUCGAGUACUUCAAUACAGCUACUGCUGAGGCUCUGCAAGAGCUGACAGGCUGCAGCGUGGAACAAGCACAGAAGAUCGUGGAUCUCCGCCCCUUCUCUUCUAUAGAGGACCUCAACGGGAAGCUAGGUCAAGGACGCAAAAAAGCGGGUCCAGCCGGACUCAGCCCGCGUAUCUUCGAAGACAGUACCGUCAUCUUCGCUGGCUAUGGUACUGUUGACAGUAUCGUAACGAAGUGCGAGAAGAUUGCCGCUAGCCUUAGGACCGAGAUUGCCAAGUGGACCGAAAACGAGGGGAAGGGUAAAGCGCGAGAAGGCUCGUUAUCACGAGACUCUCCUGCUGUGUCUGAGGUGGACGGUUCCCUGUCUCUUCGCAGUCAAGUUGCCCUAUCUUCGAAGAAGCCUGACUAUUACAUCUCUACGCAACCAAACGUUUUAUCGUCUGACGUGCAGUUGAAGGACUAUCAGAUGAUUGGCAUCAACUGGCUUAACCUGCUAUACAACAGGCAUCUGAGCUGUAUCCUUGCAGACGAGAUGGGUCUUGGAAAGACUGUACAGGUCAUCAGCUUCUUCGCGUACUUGAAAGACAAAGGCAACAAAGGCCCUCAUCUAAUUGUAGUCCCGUCGUCGACAUUAGAGAACUGGCUCCGCGAGUUUCAGCGAUUUGCGCCGUCAAUCAACGUACGAGCGUAUUACGCCGGCAAAGAGGAGCGACCUCUCCUGCGUCAAGAACUGCUGGACACACGAAGAAAGAAGGCUAACGAGGAUGGCUGGGAGAUUCUCAUCACCACAUAUAACCUUGCUCAGGGAGACGAGAAAGACAGGAAAUUUUUUCGCAGGAUCGAGUGGGAUACUUGUGUCUUUGACGAAGGCCACGUUCUUAAGAACUUCCAGUCGCAACGGUAUCAAGCUUUGGUUAGAUAUGAGGCGAACUGGCGUUUGUUACUCACCGGCACGCCGCUGCAGAACAACUUGCAAGAGCUUGUGUCUCUCAUGAGCUUCAUCAUGCCUUCCCACUUUGCUGAUAGCAUGGAUUCGUUGAAGGCCGUUUUCAAGACCAAGGGCGAUUCCAAGGUUACGCUCCUUGCUCAAGAGCGUGUCUCUCGGGCAAAGAAGAUGAUGACACCCUUUGUCCUGCGUCGGCGGAAAGAUCAAGUCCUUCAAGACCUUCCAAAGAAGAUUGAGCGGAUCGAGUGGUGUGAGAUGACGCCUCUUCAGAAAUCGGUCUACAACGAUGCACUUCAGCGAUCCCGAAAGACAAUCCUCGACCUAGCUGAAGCUGAAGCUGAGAAGGCGAGCGGAAAGGGUACGAAGAAGAAGACGAAAAGCAGUGCGCGGGCGAAGGACAAGUUCUAUCUGGAGAAUAGCACUAAUGUCCUCAUGGACCUCCGGAAGGCCGCUUCGCACCCCAUGCUCUUCCGCCGGCGUUUCACAGACGACACCUUGACCUCAAUCGCGAACAUACUCCUGAAGGAGCCUGAUUAUAAGCAGAGGGGAGCGCGCUUCGACUUCGUCAAGGAAGAUAUGGAGGUAAUGACCGAUUCGGAGCUACAAGCAUUCUGUGCGACAUACAAGUCUACGCGCAGGUUUCUCCAGAGCGAAGAUUGUUAUUUGCAGGCAGGCAAAGUCAAAGUCCUCUUAAAACUUCUGGAGGGAUACAAAGAGCAGGGCCGGCGAGUGUUGAUCUUCUCUCAGUUUACCCAAAUUCUGGAUAUCUUGCAGAGGGUGUUAGAUCACCAAAAGAUCAAGUAUCUUGUGCUCACUGGCUCGACGCCCGUCGACGCUCGGCAGUCCCUGGUUGAUGAGUUCACAGAGGACGAGUCGAUACAGGUGUUCUUGCUGUCCACGAAGGCUGGUGGGAUGGGUAUUAACCUCACAGCCGCGAGCGUCGUCAUCAUGUUCGACCAAGAUUUCAAUCCUCACAACGACAAGCAGGCGCAAGACCGAGCGUAUCGCAUCGGCCAGAAGCUCGAUGUUGAGGUCAUCAAACUCAUCACAAAGAAUUCUAUAGAGGAAGACAUGCUUGAGCUAGGCAUGACGAAGCUUGCCUUGGACGAGGCAGUCGCGGGCGAGGAGGGGGAGGAGAAGGUCGAGCGCGAAAUGAAGACAUCCCUCAUGAACGUCGUGCGGAAGAGGCUUAAGGUUGAAGAACCUGUGGAGGAAGCCAGUUCGGGGAUGGAUGUAGACGCAUCAUAA